AUGUUACUCGACGAGGACCCUGGAACUCUCAUCCACCACACAAUCGGCAACUUUAACAUCCACCCCGAUAAACAAGCCGUCGCCCGCAUCAAUGACUCGCUUUCAACGCUCCAGCAAUCGCGCGACCUGCGCAUUCGCGAGGCCGAGUCGGCCAUGCGAAAACUUUCACGCCACCUAAAUUCUCUGUCUACACAACACGAAGAAGCCGUGGCCGUGCACGACUCGGGCAAACACGCGGCGGAGAUUGUGGAGUUGGAUACCAAAAAGUUCCGCAUUGCCAAGGCUGCAUCAGAGCUAGAAAUUGAAAGUGAGCGCUUGGAGAGCGAGCUGGAAAUGCUUAAGGAAAGACUGGUCGACCUGGAGUCCCAGGGUCUCGAGGGCGACGAAACAACGCGGCGCGAGCGUGAAGCUGAUGAUGCGACGAUUCUGCGCCUCAAGAUCUUCCGUUCUCUCGGUGUUGAUAUCGAGCCUGAUGAGGCGGGCAAUUUCAACCGAGCGGUCAUUCGCAAUAGCCGCAAAGGCGAUGUUCAUGUCGUCAAUAUCGACCCGAAAUUCUCCCGCUUCUUCUACGCAAACUACUUUUGGUCAACGAUGCAAGGAUGA